AUGAGCUCGCACCUGUCGGAGCUUUGUAAGGCCAGUGAGGUGGGCCCCAUUGUAGAACAGCUUAAGCAGUUGUGCCCACAGCGACUAAAUUUUGACACUGAUGAGGAAAAGGAGGAAGUCCCUGUUGCUUCUGGUUUCACGAGAGAUGCACAUGAGCGGAUGCGAUGCACCUUUGAAGGGAUUUGGGGCUAUCAGGACGAUGAUGGCAGGACCGCUCUUCACUGGGCAGUAGCCAUGCAGAAUUUCGCGCUGGCUCAUACGCUUAUGAAAGCUCCCUAUUUUGCUCUUGCCUUGAGCGAGGAUCAUGACGGGGUAUCGCCGUUUAUAACGGCCUGCAUGGUUGCCGCGCCAGAAGAGUUUCUGCGCGAACUCCUGGAGACAGCGGCAGCGCAGCGAAGCUGGAAGGUGAUUCGGGAGCAAGACGGUAUGAAUACUACUCUGGAGAAUGCCACGGCGGAUGUGUGUUUGCGUGGAGCUGCGAUUGUUGACAACCCCCUUAUGGAACAGGAGUUAGUUAUUCUCAAUCAAGCUGACAGCCAUGGGAAUACACCACUUUUGCACGCGGCUGGGCGAGGCAAACUUGCCAUUGUGCGCUUCUUGUUGCAAUUAGGGGCCUCAAUUGAUCAUCAGAACAGGCGUGGGCAGUCCGCACUCCAUCGUGCUACGAGUCGCGGUGCAACUGAUGUUGUAGAAGAGCUUGUAGCGACAAGUCAAAAAGUGCACAGCCGUGCAGAACACCGUCGGUGGAUGAAUCUACAAGACUACCGGGGUAACACCACCUUAUUUUACGCCUCCAUGGACAAUAAUGAAGAACUGGGUCGCUAUCUACUGCGCCACGGAGUUGAUCGCGAGAUCAAAAACAAGGAGGGGAAAGAGUUUUGGGAGGUCUAA